AUAAACUUUGUUACAGAAGGCAUAAUAUCUGUGAUUCAAUUGCGAAAUGAUUUGUCUCUAAUUCUUUUUUACGAUUAUUAUUACAAUAAUAGGGCAAAUCAAAAUUACUUCGACUUAAUUGCUAAUGUAUUAACAUUCGAAAAUGUCAUGAAAUUCAGCGGUAAUAUCGAUGAAUAUAGAAAUCAAUUUACUGUUCCUAAAAGUACACAUGACCAUAUAGAUGUGCUAAAAAUAUGUUUUAUAUUGAGGAGUUUAAAUUCUUGUUAACACAAUUUCCACAAGGAAUUGAUCGCAAAUCAAUCGAAGAAUAUUGCAAUAUAGAAAUGUCUCACUAUGAAAAGCUAUCUUGGAUACGAAAUGAGUUAGACAGAUAUAGUGUGAAACCUGAAGAACAGCUUUUGGAAGAAAUUUGUACUUUCAUAGCACAACGUAUUCAACCUCGAAAAGAUGUAUGUUACACGAAUAUAAGUGCAUCAUUGGAUACAAUCGCACAAGAGGUACUGAAUUCUCUUAGAAAGAAGCAUCCGAACCAUUCGAUAUUCUUCACUUCUGAUGAAACUUUUUCUUAUUGGAAAACCAACAAUAUCGAAGAUAAUCAUUGGAAUGAAACAGAAAGCACGCAGAUUAUGGAUACACUCCAGGAAUAUAUAUUUGGCACUUUGAAUUUUCGACCAUGUAUCUCCUCACCCGAAAAUAUCAAAUAUUUGUGUAUAGAUUAUGUUUUACAAAGUAAAUUUGGUAAAGAUAUCAUUGUAUAUACAAUAUUUCAUAGCGUGGCUAGAAGACUUGGUCUACGUUGCGAUGUACGAGUACUACAUAUUAUCGAUAAUUUCGAUAUAUUUUGGAAACCAAAAUUCGUCACGGAUAAUUUAGAAAAUGCACGAAAAUUUUACAUAAAAUACAAGAAUUACCCGAAUUGUCUUACUGAUAAUCGAUCAUUAAUUUGGGGACGAGUCUUAACAACUAGAAAGGUUGAAAAUUACUUAUUUAAAUUACACUAAAUAUGUAUAGAAAGAAGAGAA